CCAUCUGGAUCAUGUUCAGCAGCAUGCCCAUUUCUCCCUGGCCAGGAGGCAACCCACCGCGGCGACGCCAGUGCUCUGCAGGCACGGUGCCUGUGGGUCGUGCAGAUGGCGAUCUUCGACCGUCUUGUGGGGCAGAUGGUCUUGGUGGCCGGCAUCGUGGGGCCGACGUUCGUGCUGUCCAUGCUCCACUUCAUCUCGUGCGUCAGGGAGGUGAACAUCAAAUGGGCAGCUAACCAAGAUCGGCGACAUCGCAGGAAGGCGGCCAGUAACAGGAGGAUGCACUUCGACCAGAAAGGGGUCGUCGUUUCGGCCGCCGUCCAGAUGUCCAGCCGCUCCGAGUACUUUGACCAGCUGGCAGGGUACCUGCACGCGCUGGCGGAGGGGCUGGUCUUCGGCAACCCGAUGCUCCUCAAGUUUCACGGCCCCCUCAAGCUCGCGGCGGAGGUGGCAGACAGGUGCUCGGACUCAGCCCGCGGCUACCUGCACCGCGAGAAUGUCGACGACUCGAUGAUAAGCUCCUUCGAGCCUCUCAACCAGCUGCUGGAGGAGCUGAUGGACCGCAAGCAGCCGAGCGGAGACCUGAAGACGCGCCUGAACGCCUUCAAGGAGGAUCUGGCCGUCAUCCACGCUGCAUUCGGGGCGGGCGCACCCGCGGGCGCCCAGCAGGCGCUGGAGGAGGCCCUGUUGGGCGAGGACGGCGGUGAGAAGAAGUUUUUCUUCAGCAGGUCGCGAGGCGCCUCGGUGCCCGAGUUCGACGCGGACCCGCUGCCGGAGCUCGUGAAGCGGGUCAAGAAGGCGAAGCAGCUGCAGGGCAGGGCCGGCGAGGCGAGGGCGGCCGAGGUCCUGGCGCCGCUGGAGCCCGUGGAAAUCGUGGACGGCGUCCACGUGCGCCUGUCCGGGCUCAUGUUCUGGGCCACGUCGCAGCGCGACAAGUUCGGAAUCGGCAGCACCCGCACAGCCCUGGCGGCGCUAGCGCUGGUCCUGGCGCUCGGCCCCGCGAGGUUUGCGGGCCACGCGGGCUCUGGGCUGGUAAUUGGUGUAGUCGCCGUGGGGCUGGUCAUGGAGCUACUGGCCGUGUGCGACAGCAAGAGCAGCGGUAACCGACUCCGACGGGCAGGCCCGCUGGUGCUCCUCGCCGCAGCCGUGGCCGUCCUGGCGCUGGGCGGCCUCGACUCCCUGCCGACGAGCAUCGCCGAGCUCGAGGCGAAGCCAACCUUCCUGCCCGCGCCGCCCCAGUACAACCUCAACAUCAGGGCCCAGCAGCUGUACGUGCCGCUGAUCUACGGCGUCAUGCACGGCAACCUGGUGGUCCUCAUGCUGCUGCCGCUGCCGGUCUGCUACUACGCGCAGGCGCAGCUCGCGGACAGGUACCCGAGGCUGCGCUGGCUGGUGCCCCAGAACCCGGUGUGGGCGCAUCGCAUGCUCGGCUACGCGCUCCUGGGCGGGAUUUCCGUGGCAGGCUUCGUCUGGCUGCUCGCCCAGGGGCAGCAGUGCCUGUCCCAGACGGCCCUCAACGGGGCGGACAACGCACCCGCGUGCUUCGCCUUCGAUCCGGCGGCGAUACGGAACGAGCAGGUCCGCCGUGACGCCGUGGACGUUUUUGUGCUCCGCUUCCACAUGGUCUGGCCACUAAUUUAUCCGAGGUGCCUUACGGCGCAGGCGAUGAUGGAGGAAGCCCAGCCAUCGACAAGGCCUCCUGCCGGCGGCGGGACCAGAGCCAGGCGCGCGGACCAGGACCUGAGGAGGGGCGGGCGCUCCUGA